UCAUCGUGAUGUCCACAUCGAAUAGAACAACCGUUAUAUCCCGUUAACCAUUUUACGUGCACUACGCGUAUCCAUGUUUCAUACAUAUAAGUUGGAGCGUCAAUUAGCCUGCAACAUCCUAUUACAAUAAUGCCAGGAUGUCGAACUACAGUAGAAACGUACAUACCCAAAGACAGGCGGUGAUAGAUUAUGAUCGCCAAUUUCAAGAGGAUCUUGAGAGAGCUCAAGCUCUCAGCUUGGAGAGUCUUGCCCUAGAGAAAUUUAAAUUGCAAAAACAGCAAAUGGAAUACAGCAAUCAUGUGCGAGUACCUCCUGUUCAACCGCAGCAAGACACUACUCCUUGCAGUAGCAAUAUUUCUGAAACAGACUGUACCACUCAGACAGGAGAUAAAUUUCAGUUGCGGAGCCGUCCUAGGCCAGGCGGAAGUCAGCCAAAGACUGCAGCUAUCAUCGCUCCGCCACCACCUAUACCCUGUAGACGAAAUUCUGCAACCUCCGGUGGACCGAACUUGUCAGUUACUGGAACAGACCUGAUAAAUUUUACCAGUCCUAUUAAACAGGAUAAUCAUCUAGAGGAAUAUUGUACCGCGGCACCACCACCACCACCACCGAAAGCACCCAUAGAGCCUAAAUGGGAAACUCACCCAGCAUUGCCAAGAAGAUCAUCGAAAGUACUGCGAAGCAACAGUUCGGCUGCUGCCUACCAGUCACGAGAUUUCAGGUAUCAUUCGUUAUCUCCGGGACCGCGAGCAUCUACAGCUCCAUGUACACCUGGAACUCCAGGAAUAAGUCCCGUAAUGUCAAGGGCAAGCAGUGUAAGCAGCAACGUACCCGACGGAAUCCCGCAGCCGGCCUGGAAUAUCUUUACUUUUAGACAGUAUUUCUUCACGCAGAUACCACCGCUACCGUUGAAUUAUAGGCCAGGCGUAAAUCCACCUGUGGCAGGCGUCAACUCUGUGAAGCCUGUUUACGCGAUAGACGACGGGCAGCUGAACGUUCUAAAAGUCAUAGAGAAGAAGCCAAAUAGUAAUCUUAUAGAUCUGAGCAUUUUCGAAAAUAUCGAGGAUAAAACGAACGUUAGAGUGAGCGUGUUAGAAGCAUUCGAUCCUCUGCUCGUCAAGACUGAAGACAUUAGCAGCAAUCUCAUGGACCCGAAGGAGGAUACCGAAUCCCAGGUUAGUGGAUCCGUCUACGAUCCAUUUGACCCAUUCGAUUACAUGUAUAGCACAAAUGAGAGCGUUAACUCUGAUCCGGUGUACGUCGCGGUUGAGAAAACGGCCAAAUCACCGGCCGUUUCACCUGCCGCCCCACCUCCGCUGCCACCGAGAAAUUCAUCCGCAUGGAACACCAUAGAAAGGCGGAGAACCUCCCUCGAUCGACGUCAAAAGAGACAAACUCGCCUUUACGAAAAUGUGACCGUAGUCAAAGCUCGUGCAUCUUUGCACGAUUGUGAUCUCAAAGCGUUUCACAAAAUGAUAGUGUCCGUUCGAGGUGAAUUUCCAUUCAACGACACUAGUACAAAUAUCGGUCAUAUAAUUAGUCCUAUGAUGGAAAGUUUGUAUCCUGAUGGUACUAGCAUCAAAUUAGUCGUUCAUCCUCAGCUCCCAGCGAACAGUGAACCGGUGCCGUCCAUAACUUUCACCUGUGACGUAAAUUGCAGCGUUGAACACGUGAUUCUGAACGUUGCCUGUUCUCUGGAGGACGAGGACACUGUCAAUGUGGGAAAAUACUGUCUUAGAGUUUGGGGAUUGGCAGAGUAUCUUGCUCCGAACACGACCCUCGCUCAAUACGAGUACAUCCAUCAGUGCAUCAAAUUGGAGAAAGAUAUUGAGCUUGCCAUCAUGACCAAAGAACAAAUGAAACGCUCUAUAGCGAGAACUGCUCAAGAUGAUAAUCGUGAUCAGUCCAUCACGUUAGAAGAAAUCUUGCCGAAUGAACCCAGACAGCCGAUUUCGUAUGAUGCGUUACUUAUCUUGCUUGAGACCGUCGAGAAAGAGAUGGAACGGGUCGAAACAGCCGCAUUACAAUUGGCAACAACGAAUCACAGCGCUAGUCUCUUACCUCAAUUACAACCGCGUGGUGUCGUACAAGCUGUGAAAGCUGUUUGUGCUUUGAUGGGAAAUAUCGAGACUUAUGAAAUAACCGAAGCCGUCGAUAACUUCGUAAAUGCCUGUUGCCAAUUUUUGCCUCAAGUACACACGACGAACAUCGAGUGUAAAAAACCCGAAGUUUUACACGAGGACGGUGACUAUUCCGUGGUUACACUUAGAACUAAAUUUCCUGACGUCAUCGCAUCCCACUGUCACAAAAUUCGCGACGCCGUUCAGGACCUCGUGGAGACUUAUUGUCACGCUUUCCGCGUCGAUUUCCAAUUAAACACACGCGGUGAAUUUCCAACCAAUACAAUGGUCUCGUCGGAAGUCCUGGAUACGGUUCUUGUAAGAGUUGGGGCUUUACAUCGACUCCCGACCACGUGGAAGCAUGAUGAUUAUAUCGUCGCUGCUCAAAUAUUUCAUGGUACUAGACCUGUGGGAAAUCCAGUGCUCUCGGAUCCAAUGACCGUCAGCUCUAAUUUUCACCCACGUAUAUUGUUCAAUACUUGGUUGGAGUUUCGUGGUGUGAGUGUUUGCCAAGUACCCAGAGAAGCGAGAUUGGUUUUAGUGAUUUACGGUCGAACUUUACAACCGUCCGAACACGAAGCAAAUUCAUCAAGCGAAGGUUCCAUGCAAAAAGAAGAAUUGGGAUGGGGAGCUAUACAAUUCUUUGAUUACGAUGGUGUGAUGAGUCAAGGAAGUUUUUUCCUUUCGCUCUGGCCAGCGAUAGCGGACAAACGAUUAGGCCCGGCUCCAGCUCCGGGUAUUCAUCCUCACGGUGACGUAAACCCAAUAAUCGGAAUUGAAUUGCCUGAUUACGGUGGCAGAGUCGUAUUCCCCAAAGAAUUAAGGGACCACGACGUCGAGUCGUUGGACAUAAACUCCCUCGAUCAAAACACGAAAGAAUUAUUGAUAGACAUCACGCAGCAAGAUACAUUCUCAAGACCACCGAUCGAUGAGAGAGAAAUACUUUGGGAAAAACGACACUAUUUACACAACAGACCGGAAGCUUUACCAAAAGUGUUGUUGGCCGCACACAGCUGGGACUGGGCAUGCUUGCCAGAUCUUCACGCCUCCUUGAGAAUAUGGAGCCCGUUGCCACCGGUCCAAGCUUUGCAAUUAUUGCUACCUUGCUUCCCAGAUCUAAAAGUACGAGAAAUGGCAGUGGGAUGGAUUCAUGAGUUAAACAAUGACGAGCUUGUCGACUACUUGCCACAAUUGCUCCAAGCUCUGAAGCACGAAACGUACGAAGCAUCGCCACUAGCGAGAUUUUUAUUGGAACGUGCAUUAGUGUCACCGAGGGUUGCCCAUCAUAUUUAUUGGCUGCUAACACAGGCGUUACCGGGACCGAGUCCCCAGGUACAGAAUUCACCGGAAAAUUCGCCAGAGGAUGACAAAAGCGUUAGUUUGGCACGAUAUCAGAGGAGGCUGCAAUUGAUGCUCCGUGCGCUAUUGGCUGUCGUCGGCGAAGCGUUGAGAAACAGUUUUCUCACUCAACAACUAUUGGUCAAAAGUCUUCACGAGGUUGCUGAAAACAUCAAAAUUACGAAAGACUCGCUACGAUUGGAAUCAUUGAAAAUCGGCUUACAAAACAUUCAUUGCCAACUCACGGAAGACGAAGGCACAUGUUUGCCGCUCUCGCCGAGUCGCGAAGCGUAUGGAAUAAAUGUGCAAACAUGCUCGUACUUUCCCUCGUUCACGCUCCCACUGAAAAUCAAUUUCAUCGGAUGUGACAACGUUAUAAGCCCGGCUAUUUUCAAAGUUGGCGAUGAUCUGCAACAAGACAUGCUGACUCUCCAAAUGGUUCGAAUAAUGGACAAACUCUGGUUGAAAGAAGGUCUCGAUUUAAAAAUGGUGACAUUUGCGUGCGUGCCGACGGGAAACAAACGCGGUAUCAUCGAAAUGGUUACGAACGCUGAAACCUUGCGAAAGAUUCAAGUUGAGUUCGGUCUCACGGGGUCGUUCAAGGACCGUCCGAUUGCCGAAUGGCUCGCGAAGCAUAACCCAUCGGAACUCGAAUACGGGCGAGCCGUUGAAAACUUCACCGCAUCUUGUGCCGGCUACAGCGUGGCGACUUACAUUCUUGGCAUUUGUGAUCGCCACAACGACAACAUUAUGCUAAAAACUUCCGGUCACUUGUUCCAUAUCGAUUUUGGCAAGUUUCUCGGUGAUGCACAAAUGUUUGGAAAUUUCAAAAGGGAUCGAACUCCUUUUGUCUUGACUUCGGACAUGGCUUAUGUGAUAAACGGGGGUGACAAGCCAUCGGCAAAAUUCCAUCAUUUCGUGGAUUUGUGUUGUCAGGCAUUCAACGUAGUACGAAAACACGGAAACCUUAUUCUACAUCUCUUCGGGCUGAUGACCUCGUCCGGCAUACCCGGAGUUACGAUGGACGCCGUUAGCUAUGUGCAAAAGGCACUCUUACUGGGACAAACGAAUCCAGAGGCUGCUGCGACCUUUGCACGAAUGAUCGAAAGUUCGCUCAAAAGCUGGUUCACCCAGUUCAAUUUCUUUCUUCACAAUCUCGCACAAUUGAGAUUCAGCGGUGAACACAACGACGGGGAACUUUUGUCAUUUAUUCCACGCACUUAUACAAUGCAACAAGAGGGACAACUAACAAGCGUCCAAGUUCAUGGAUACCAAAAACGCUAUGACCCGGAAAAGUAUUAUAUGUAUAUUUUGAGAAUACAAAGAAAGGGUCAGGCCGAUCCAACCUAUCUUUUUCGAUCGUACAAGGAGUUUUGUGAGUUCUAUCAAAAACUCUGUAUUCACUUUCCACUCGCUAAGGUUGCCAGUCUACCCAGCGGAAUGAGCGUCGGACGAUCCAACAUUAAACAAGUGGCGGAUAAAAGACGAGCCGACAUCGAAAAAUUCUUAUUGAGCUUGUUCAAAAUGGCUCCUGAAAUAUCGCAGAGUGAUCUGGUCUACACAUUCUUCCAUCCUCUUCUCCGUGACCAACAAAAUGCUGAUAUACAUUUACAAAAAGUCAAAGUUGGAAAUUGGUGGGCCGAGAAGAAGGUUCGUGACAACGUCCGGAGUGGUCAAAUCAAAUUAUCCCUUCAUUACACUCGCGGAACAUUGUCCGUGAUGAUUCAUCAUGCGAGAGGUCUGCCCAAAGUGGCGAAUGCUCAGGAGCCCAAUACGUACGUCAAGGUGUAUUUGAAGCCCGAUCCGACGAAAGCUACGAAACGGAAAACUAAAGUUGUUAAGAAAAAUUGUCAUCCUUCGUUCAUGGAAAUGUUGGAGUAUCGGAUGCCGUUGGACGUGGUAAAAGAGCGAACACUGGAAGCGACCAUCUGGAAUCAUGAUACUCUCCAAGAAAAUGAAUUCCUCGGUGGUAUACGUUUGCCUCUCGGUCGUCUCGAAUUGACGAAUGAAACGGUCGAGUGGUUCCCAUUGGGGAGCGUUCGAUAGAUUUUAUUUUCUCAUUGAAGAUUGGACUCUUCGUGCAGCGUUGAACAAUGCUCAUAAUCAUUAAGUAUACCAUUUACAAAAAUGUCGUAUAAUGGCGCACAAUUAGAAUGCCUUUGUUCGUUGAAAUUCCGAAAAAGCAGGUAUACAAAAUGCAUAGAAUUGAUUAUACAAAAAUUAAGGGAAAUCAUGAGGAAGCAGAGGCUCGAUAAUUUUUGUACACGCGUCGAGUCUCGUUGAAUCAAGGAUGGUCGUAAAGUGCGAAAAGCAUAGAGGACGGCUGGAAAUUACGAAAAACAAUUGUAAAAAAACUAACCAAAGGAGCUAAAUCUAAUCUCAAUCAAUUGGCACGACCGCAUGGAAUUUGGAAAAAUUACAUUUGUCGGAACAAUAUUUUUUUGUUGUUUCGAUAAAAUUAAAUCAUAUUCUUAAAAUAUAAAGGCCGAAUAUAACACGAGCGAACGUUGGCCAAACGUUCCUAUAUUGUCGCUUGGUCAGAUGAAUUUUGUGAUAUAAUUAUUUAUUUGCAAUUCGUACCGUAUUAUUGGUACUAAUUUUUCGUGUAAAUAUAUUUAAACAACAAAAAUCAUUGAUUUUAACAACCGCUGAGUUUUUCGAAGCUGGAAUUUUAUAAUGUUGUAGGAAAUGUUUCGGACGUACGACCCAAGCAGUUACUUUUUACAUAGUUCGACCGAAUAAGAUCGUCGGUUAAUGAGUUUAAAGCGAAACUAAUGUAAUUGUGUUUAAAUUAUCAUUUUCUCGUCGUAUUUUUUGAUUCGCACACAACAAAUGUCAUUCUUUACGACAACAUAUAGGAAUAAUUCCUCUCAGACGUUAUUAAUCUCGUAAAGUAUUUUCGAAUAAAUGAAAUUUCGUUUAUUUUUAUUGCAGAAAUGUAUAGAAUCAUAUCGUCGUUUCGAAAUGAAUUUUUAAAUCAUUCAAUGAUCGAACGAUCUCCAACAACGGCAUCUGUACCGACAUGCAUUCUCGUCCUUCAUUUUUUGAGCGACUUUUACUUUUACCAAACAUCGCUCUUGUUACACGAGAAUAAAAUACUAAAUAGUCCGCCUAAAAAACAUUCGAGACUGAUAGUAAUUUUCACUGGGAGAUUUUGAAUUUGCGUCCCAGUCAUGUUUUUUAUAAUUCAUUAUUAUUCUCGUACUGUAUGAGCGCGCAGUGUGGCCUUCACUUGAAUUUUAUUCUCGCCUCGAUAAUAUCAUUGAUGUUGGAAGAAAGGUGUCUAAUCUCUUUCGGUUGGCAAACAUUCUCUACGUUGUGAUUCUCGUUAAUGGUGAAAAAGAGAAAAGUCUCUCAGGCAUGAAAUCCGGUAAAUGUAUUAUAACUGUCAAUAAAUUAUUCCACAUAA